AUGGAACCGGAACCGUCCAUUACCACUCUCCUCGAGGCUAUCAACGCCCUUGCCAACCAAGUCGGGUCCUUGCAGGCCCAAAUCAAAUCACAGGACAAGCAAAUCACUCAGCUCGUUGCCAUAUGCAAGGAAACCAACGACCUCGUUGGUGACAAAGACCAGGGCAGAGCCCAAACCAAGCCUGGCCCAUCGACUGGGCCUGUCACCCCUCCAACCCACUCAGGGGGGGAAGCCCACACUCCAGGUACGGUUAGGCCUGGGCUCAAAGCCCCUUUCCGCCCCUCAAAGGGAACAGGAUUUGACUCGGAGGAAGACAAAGAACCAAGGGUCCCCAAAAAGGAGCCUCAAGGAACGCCUAGAAGGCACCUUGGGUCCCUUACCCCCUUCGAUGCUGGAUCCAGCGUGAAGAGACCCAAGAUGGACCUCCCCGACCCAUACAAGGGAGAUACCAGGGGACGCAAGGCCACUCAGGACCAAUUUGACGAGGAGGAGCAAAUGGUUGUAUGGAUCCUGUACCAUAUGACUGAUAAAGCCGCCGACUGGGCUCUCCCCAUCAUUGGGGCCAUCAUCAAGGGCGAAGGCAAUCCCCCCACCACCAUCCAGGCCUUAACGGCCAAGUUCAAAGAAGCAUUUGCCGACCCCAACGCCAAGCGAGCUGCCGCUAGAAAAAUUGCGGCUCUCUCCCAAACAACCACCACCUCCGAGUACGUCACGGAGUUCCGCAAUCUCAUGGCGGAAUUGGACUGGAACAAGGAGGCCUAUAUCGCGCAGUUCACGCGAGGCCUCCACUGGAAGGUCAAGGAACUGCUAUCAACCAAGGAUAGUAUUCCCGAUGAACUCGAGGCAAUUUUUGCGGCCUCUAUUAAGAUUGACAACAUUUGCCGCGAAAAUGAGGAGAACCGCCCCAAAAAGGCUCCUGCCAAAUCCCCGGUCACCGCAACCACCUCCAUUUCCACCACCACCACUAGGGUUUGCCUAUCCGAGGACCCCAACUACGUCACCCCGGAGGAAAGGGACCGCCGCCGCGCAUCAGGACUAUGUGUCAAAUGCAGUCAAAAAGGGCAUGGAAUCAAGCAGUGCCCCAAUGGUUGGAAGGCAACUCCCAAGGAAACGGCCAAGGUGGCCCAGGAUGAGUCGGAAAAAGAGUAG